UGACACUCUCUCCUCUACUCCAGGCAACAGAAGCUGCCAACUGUCGCCAACCCUUUUUUCUUGGCCUUGUUGACCUCAGCAGCUUCUUCCUGGUCCUGCAUGAGUCAAUAGUUACCCUAGCCUGGCUUGAUCCACCGCCGCGCAAUCGAAUAUAGCCCCGGAGCUCCUUUGACCGAGUCGUUGCCGCUGCAGCGCUCUCCGCAACUCACUGACCGACGAGCUCAGCGACCGCCCUCCGUGCAGCCAUGCUUCCUGCGCAUUGAAACGUGGUUGACUCGGACACUCAAUUAAUUCCCGCGACUUACAUACUGCCCAGCGUAUGCUCACACCUUCAACUGCUGCGUGUCACCUCAAGGCCGCCGCCCGUCGCAACCAUGCUGUUCUUCGGCAGCGGAGUUCAAAGUCCCCGCCGGCGCAGCCAGGAAAAGGCCAUCUUCUGCACUAUCCUGAUUGUCUACGCCCUCUAUUUCCUCUUCUUCUCCGGCAGCUCCGAACAUGCACACAUAGACACAUCAGCCCACGACGCAGUGUCAAAGGGCGGCCCUUACCGCGAUUCGCGCUCCGGACAAGCUGCGCCGUCCGCUUCGGCCGCGCGACAAGGCAAAGCCCUUGAUAAGGAGAUGGUCGUGGCCAGCACGAAAUCCGACGAUGUCUCAUGGCUCUACCAGUACUUUCCGGAGUGGCACAAGAGCAUUUAUGUUGUGGACGACAAAAAGGCUCAGUUGACGGUGAAGCAGAAUAAGGGCCGGGAGUCAAUGGUCUAUCUGACGUAUAUUAUCGACAACUACGACAACCUUCCCGAUUCGAUCCUCUUUAUCCAUCCCCAGAGAUACCAAUGGCACAAUGACGAUCCUUACUAUGACGGCGUGCCGGUCCUCCGCAAUUUCCAACUCCCCUACCUGCAGAAACAGGGCUAUGUGAAUCUGCGCUGUGCUUGGACACUCGGCUGCCCGGCGGAGAUCCACCCGUACACCGAUCCGCACCGUAAGGACGUCCAUGCUGGAGAGUACUUCAAACACGGGUUCGAGGAACUCUUCCCUGGGGAGGAGGUGCCAGAAGAGGUGGGAGUUUCGUGCUGCGCGCAGUUUGCCGUCACAAGCUGGAAAAUCAGAGAACGGCCCAAGAAGGACUAUGAACGAUACAGGAAGUGGUUGACUGAGACGAAGCUUGCGGAUGAACAUAGUGGAAGAAUUAUGGAGUAUUCAUGGCACAUGAUCUUUGGCAAGGGACCUGUCCACUGCCCAACGGCCGAAGAGUGCUACUGCAAGGUGUUCGGGCUGUGUGACUUGGAUUGCCCAACUGAGGGAGAGUGCGCUGGCCGCUAUGUUCUCCCGCCGUAUUCAUCGCUGCCGGACGGAUGGCCAUAUAUUGGCUGGAAGGGCCAGAAGCAGGACCCCAGCAAGGGACUUCCCGAGGCAUAAGCUCACUACUACGGCGUGAUUGUCAUGAUAAUAAAGCAACGUGAGAUGCCUCGAUUACUGGCCAGACCGAGAAUAUCGAUGUCUGUGUCAUUCCACUAGGUGGUUCAUCCUACCCUGCAGCGAGCGGCCCGGCAUCGGUUUGGAAGAGCACAUUAGCCGAAUGACCUGAUGUUGCCGCGUCCGCUGCACCAAUCCCCUCACUCUGUUACAAAUGUGCAGAAGAGGACGUUGUCUCAAAUGAGACUGUAUGUGUAUGUACAUAUAUAACACCAAAAUCAGGUCGCGACUUGUUCUCAGCGUGAGGUCCCAGCGCGACGGUACAGGGGUGGAGCGGAAAUCCGCGCUGUCUAAUGAAGUAUGGUGGUGAUGUAUUGUGUAUCAAUGUUUUAGUAUGGAUAUUGAAUUUACU